AUGGCCAAGCGCUCGAAGAAAAAGGGCAGAUCUAAACGCGGAAGGGGCGGGGAAAAGGGCGCGGCGAGCGGUGCGGGCGGUAGCGGGGGCGGCGAUCCGACGCUACCCGCUGCGGGGUCCACCGAGGGCGGGGGCAAUAACGGCGGGGCAACGACGGCCGACUUCGCAUCCGGAGAGGGCAUGCGAAGCCUAGGCGGCGCGGGCGAGAAUACGGACGCGGACCAGUUAGUUGCGCCUGACUGUGAUAGUGAAGGUAGUGAUAGUGGUGCUGUGCCCUGUGGUGCUCCGCCUGUUGUCGUAGAGAGCGCGAUUUCUCUCCCCGGGUUGGCGGCGGGCUCGGAAGCUGUGGCUAUGGCCCAAGACCGGGACGGUUCUCCUCCCGCCGCAGCCCUUGCUGGCGGCUCAGAGGCGGCCACGGCUGCUGCCGGUGUGUCGCAGCAAGACCUGGAUAGCCCUAUGGUCGACGAGAUGGACGCGUGGAUAGCCGAUGACCACGACAGCAGUGUGGUGCGGGCAGAAGGAAGCGGCCCUCUUGGCCCUCCGGAAGGAGAAGAAGAAGAUGGCGCUGUGGUCUAUGAGGGUGGCGGACGCAUGGCUUCUGAAGCAAGAGACGGGCCGGGCGCGGCAGAUUCGACCCCGCCAUCGUCUCCGACUGCAUCGGCGGCGCUUGCAGACGACAACGAGGACGGGAUGGGGGAGACGCCGAAUCCAACCAAGGCAGUCCUGCCAGAAGAAGCGAAGGUUGUGGGCGUGGCCGCGAGCUCCGGAGCUGGAGUAGAAACUCCGCCGCGAGUCGAGGCACUACCAGCCAUGGAAACAGCGCGGGAAAUGGCCGGGGAAGCGAGAGUACGACAGGAAGAGGAGAGCGUAGAGCGACCGGGGACGGCAUGCAGCGUAACGGACGCGCCGCCGCCCUUCGACACAGGCCCCGAGCAUGAUCCGAGUGCUAUCGAGGAGGCGACGUUGACUCUUCCGGCGAGCCCCACCACGUCGGCGGACAUCAACAACAACACGGCAGCAUGCCCCGAGCAAGGCGUAGAGGUUGUAGUACGAGAUUCGGCGUUAGCGGCGGUGGCCGAGGGGGCGGCAUCGCAGACACCGCUGCUGCGGCCGCCGCCGCCGCCGCUGAAUAGCGUAACCGGCGGUGGUGACACCGGCAGAGAGAAGGCGACAGCGGCAAAGGCGGCGGCGGCAUCGGCGAGGGCGGCGGCUCUCUUGGCGUCCGCACAGGCGGCAUCGGCAGCCGAAGUAGCAGCGGCUGCCGUGGCGGAAGCGGAGGCAGCGCUGGAAGCCGUUGCAGGGCCAAAGGCGAAGGGGGGUGUAGAAACAACCGCCGCUGAAUCAGCGGCGCCCCGUUCGGAGACCGCCAGGGCCGACGAAGACCUGGUCAUGACCAAAGCAGCUCAGGUCGGUGCCGAUAAGGUUGGAGUGCAGGCGGUUUUCGGGGGCGACGCGGUAUCGACGGUGGGGCCGGCGCCGGGUUCAGUGGAGCCGCCAGCCAUGCCCGACUCCGUCCUUGCGGCGGCGGCGACGCCUGUUAAAGUAGUGGACGAGCCAAGCGGAAUUGAGGCGGGUGUGGUCUCGCCAAUCGCCGAAGCAGCGGUGGCGGCGGCGGCGGCGGCCACGUCAGCAGCGUCGGAGAGUAGCUCUCAUGACGUUGCAGCGCAACCAUUAGGAGAAGGAGGGGCAGGAGAGGCUUCGGCGACACGCGCUUCGGUGGACGGCGCUAAUGCCGAUCCUCCGGUGGCCGCACCUCUGCCCCCCGUGUUCUCGGAUGGUUCAGGCGGUUCGGAGUCGGACGUGGCGGCGGCGGCGGCAGAACCGACCGGUGCAACGAUCUUGAGCGGCAGCGUGACCGCCGAGGUGUUCGCUUCGCGCAGCGGAACGGGGGCCAUACCGUGGCCUGACUCAAGCGAGGACGAUGAAAGCAAUGACGGCGACGAGUACGACGGCGGCGACAAGAACGGGCGCCGGAGCUCCUCCAGAAACCACAUGUCGGUCGAAGAGGCGGCGGCCUUCAUGAACCCGGGCGGCGCCGGUACCGGCCGCAUGGGCAGCGGCCGCUUUGCGUCGGGGUCCUCAUGGGGAGGGGCGUCAGCCAUCGGUCAUCUGGAUCGGAUCCUUGGGUUGCCUACCGCGGUACCGGCGGAGAGUUCCCCCGGCGCAGCGGCAGCAGCGGACAGCAGCGGCAGCGGCGGCGGCGGCGACGCGCCUGGAGAAGUAUUUAGCAGCAGCAGCGGGUGGCUAUUGCUCGGUGGCGGCGCCCCCCCGCUCGGGGAGCCCUUCGUCGGCCCGGACGAUUUCCUUUCGCCUUCGUCUGUCGGGAUGCGCGGCCUGGCUGCCCGAAGGUUCAGCUCUAGCGCGGCCGUGAUGCAAGGCUUCGCGUCCAGCGGCGGUGCCGCCGAGGUUGCGGGCGGCGGCCUGGGGGUGCGGCGGUCGACCGUCAACGAAAUCGCCAGCAGCCGGGGCGCCGAACUUUGCGGCGAAGAAGCAAAGGCCUCGCAAGCGGCGGGAGUAGGGAUGAAGGAGGUGGUGAUUGCCGAGGGCGACGGGGCCAGCGAUGACGAUGAUAGCAUCGGUGCGGGCGAGGGGGGCGGUGUGAGACUGACCGACCGAGCGGCAGAAGAGAAGCCAGCUCCAGCGGAGACGGAAGUGCAGGAAGAGACACCGACGUUGCUGCUGCGGAGAGGUGAAGAGGGUCGGGGGGGGAAGGCGGCGGCCGUCCAGGCGGUUUCUGCCGUCGUUCCUGGGCAGGGAGGGACCAGCAACAGGAGCGGCGGCAGCGGGCUCAGAAAUAGCAGGGGGGAGGCAGUCAUUGCUGGUGAGGGGGUCGGCGGCGUGAAGAACUCCGACGGCAAUGACGGUCUCGAUGCUAGCGAGAGCGCGGCGACGAGCUUUGCCGGGCCGGAGGGAGAGGCGGGGUGGCCACCGGGUGGAGUAGAGGGCAGGGCUGCGGUUUCGGGUACGAGGGCAGCAGCCGGUGGUGGGUGUUGCGUGGUGUCAUGAUCCCCCCCCCUCCCCCACGGUUUAUUGCCCCCGUGCGUUGUUGGCGUCAGUCUGCAAGUGUUAAAAACUACGUGUUUUGCCGCAGACCCUGCUGUGCUACCUACGUUCUGGUUACUUUGUCAAGCGUGCCGAGAGGCGCUUUGUGUUUUGGUGUAUUUCACGCGCCGCCCGCCGCGGUGGGAAUGUGUACGCGUGUGACGUGGGGUUCGCCAGCCUUUUUUUCUCGUUCAAACUCUCAGCGUCUUCGCUUUCGUGUACGAUACUUUUACCAUAUUUUUAAGCUAGAUGUGUAGCUGGCGCUUUAGAAAGCCUGCCGAGCGCGUGUUUGGGGGGGGGGUGAUGUGUCUCCC